AAGAUCUUUUUUUUAUUCAACCCCAUGAUUGUUAUAUAACUAGAAAGGCUCAUUCCGAAAGAAAAAUUCACUAACUUGGUUUCUCUCUUCUUUUUUGUUAAUGUUACUAUGGCUGUGAGCGAUGGCUAUGCGAUUGCGGUGAAGGAAGCAGCUUCGGCCGGCAUUCACAGCGUAGAGAAACUCGUGAACAUGAUUUUGAAUCAACACAGAGAGGGUGGUUCUGAAUUGGAAGCAGUUGCUGACGUGGCGGUGAACCGCUUCAGCGAGGUUAUUUCGCUGCUCGAGAAACCAACAACAACCAGAACCACCGGUCACGCUCGUUUCCGAAGGGCCCCUACAACGGCGCCACCUGUCCCUGUUGUUCAGUUGCAGCAAAUGGUGCAUGAUUCAAAACACAAACUACAGCAACAACAGAACGAGACAGAACAAAAACAACAAACCUCUGCUUUUAAGGUUUAUUGUCCCCCUCCUCCUCCUCCUCUGCCUCAGAAUCAAAAUCACCAAGAACAACCUUUUAUUCUUCCUCUGCAUAAUAAUGAAGCAAAUGGUUCUACUACCAACUCCUAUGUUUCAACGUUAUCCAUGGACACUGAGAGUUUGCAACGGUCAUGUCUCUCUUCUUCGGGGUUUCAAAUUUCUCACAUGUCACAUCAGGGGGGUUCUUUUGUGCGUAAACCACCGCUUUCUACAAAUUCUGUCAAGAGGAAGUGCAAUUCCACGGGUUUUCCUGAUACCAAGUGUGGAUCAUCCUCUGCUCAGUGCCAUUGCUACAAGAAAAGGAAAUUGAGGUUGAAGAGGGUGAUCAGAGUGCCGGCUAUUAGUUCCAAGAAUGCUGAUAUCCCACCCGAUGAGUAUUCGUGGAGAAAAUAUGGACAGAAACCUAUCAAAGGCUCUCCACACCCUAGAGGUUAUUACAAGUGCACCAGCGUGAGAGGUUGCCCUGCACGUAAACACGUGGAGCGUGCUGUGGACGAUUCCAACAUGCUCGUUGUCACCUACGAAGGAGAACAUAAUCACUCGCAAAUCACUUCUGAGGUGGCAAAUGUUAUCCUUGAAUCUUCUUAGCCUACCUUAAUUAAGACUAGCGCCAAUGCUUUUAGUUCAUUCAUAUAUAGGAUUUUUUAAUUGUUAUGGUCUUUGUCUCUUAAAAAAAUAAAUCCCCCUCCUCUUUCCUUGAAGUAGUUACUUUAAAAUUCGUUGAAAUACUUUAUUAAAAACAGGAGUACUAUUGGUUGGUCUUUGUAAGACUUAUUAUAUAGAAAAUGUAAAGAAAUUAAACAGCACUAAAGUGUUGAGUUGAGAUGAAGUUUGUUGCAAGUCGAUUUUUGUUUUUAUGGA